AUGGAGCUAACAUUUGCAUAGAAGUAUAGAUUUACUUUAGAUAAGAGGAUUGGGUUAGGAGCAUUUGGUCAAAUAUAUUUAGGUAUUAAAUAGUUUUAUAUAUUGUAGGAAAUAAUAUUAAAACUGGAGAAGAGAUGGCUAUAAAAUUAGUAACUGAAAUUCUAAUGAUUUUAGGAAAAUGUUAGCAAUAAACAUUCUUAAUUGUUACAUGAAGCAAAAAUUUAUAGAAUAUUAUUACUUGAUGGUCCAGUACCUGGAUUUCCAAAUUUACAUUGGUUUGGAUAAGAAGGUGAUUUUAAUGUAUUAGUUCUUGAUAUACUUGGACCAAGUUUAGAGGAUUUAUUCAAUUAUCAUGGAAGAAAAUUCUCGCUUAAAUCUGUUUUGAUGCUAGCAGAUCAAGUAAAUUAAAAUUUACUAUAGUCUUUUCUUAUAGUUAUUAACAAGAAUUUCAUAUUUACAUAGCAAAGACUUUAUACAUAGAGACAUCAAACCAGAAAAUUUUUUAAUUGGUUUAAACAAAAAAGCAGAUAAUAUCUAUAUGAUUGAUUUUGGUUUAACUAAAAGAUAUAGAUAUUAAAGGACAGGUAAAGAAUUCAACAUAUAUAGAAACACAUAUUUAAUACGGUGAAUAGAAUUAGUUAGUUGGAACAUGUAGAUUUUCAAGUAUAAAUGCACAUUUAGGCAUUGAAUAAAGCAGAAGAGAUGAUUUAGAAUCUAUAGGAUAUAUGCUUAUAUAUUUUUUAAGAGGAUCUCUGCCUUGGUCAGGGAUUAAGACAGAAACUAAAAUAGCUAAGUAUGAAAAAGUUGGAGAAUGUAAAAUUGCUACUCCAAUAGAUAAAUUAUGUGAAGGAUUUCCUGGUAUUAAAAGUAUUUAAAUAUAGAGGAAUUUGUUAAAUAUUUUAAUUACAUAAAAAGUUUAAAAUUUGAAGAAAUACCUGAUUAUGUUUGGAUUAAAAGAUUUUUUAAGGAUUUAUUUUAUAAAGAAGGAUAUAUUUGGGAUAAUGUGUUUGAUUGGGCUUAAGAAACUAAAUGAAUAUUAAUUCAUUAGAAAGAUAAUUAAUUUGAUAAUAUAGUAUUUAAAUUUUUAAGUUAAUGAUUUAUAAAAUUAUAUUAUAUAUAAAUUAUUAACUUGUCAGAUGAAUCAAAAAUUAAACGAGUCAGCAUAAUAUGGAAAAAAUACAAUUCCCAAAUAUGAAGAUUGGCAAUAAUUUAGGGUAAAUUUUUUCAGAAAUAAGUCUUCAGAAAUAAAAAAUGAUAAUUUUUAAUAAUAUUUUAAUUUGAUGGACAUGGAUACUAUCGAUUAAAAUUCUAAUUCAAUAUACUAAAAACAAUAGAAAAAAUAAGAAAAAAUUCUUACAUAUAUCAUCGAAUAUCAAUAACAAUAAAACCUUAAUAAUAAAUUAAUUUAUUAAUUGAAAAGGAAGAAUGAAGAGUUUGACAAGAAUCAUAAAUAAUUAAUAAAUAACUAAAUUCAGGAAGAAUUAUUUAUAGAAUAACCUUUAAGAGAAAAGAAUAUUAUUUAAAAUCUAUUAUCAAUUUUUAAUAGUUUUUAUAAUGGAGAUAGUUCAUAAAUUCUUCUAUAAAAUAGUGACAUUGUUCCUGAAGAAUUAAGGGUUUACAUUUAAAGAGCAAUUUAAUAGUUUAAUUUUAAUCAUGAAAAAAAGAAAGAAAACAAUUUGAGAUUAACUUAUAUUGGUAUUACUAAAGAAUAUAAUUUAAAUAAAGAUAUUAUGCAAGAGAAAGAUUUUGAUUCUUUCUAAAAUUUCUCAAUUAUGAUUUAAGAUGAAAAUAAAUUUUAAAAUUAAAUUGAUAAAGAAUUAAAAAGCUUAAUUUAAUAAGACUAAUACUAUUUAAAAAUAAAUUUUAGCAAUAAAAUUACAAAUUAAAUUCAACUUCUUUAUAGAUACUUUUUAAAGAAUAAAAUUAAAAAAUUUUAGCCUAAAAUAAUAGUAUUAUUAAUAGAAAUUAAUGAUGAUUUUGAUUUUGCAGCAUUUUUCUUCUAAAAAUUAAUAUCAUAAUUAGAGAAAAUCUCGUAACACUCUCUUUUAAUUAUUCCACUCCUAACUUCAUUUACUCCAUAUAGUUAUGAAAAAUAUUUAAAAUCAACUCUCUUAAUAAGCAAUUCAUUUUAUGAUUAUAGAUUUAAAAGGAAAAAUAAAUCACAUUAUUAAUGUGAAGAUAUCUCUGCUUAAGACUAUAAUGAUUAUAUUAAGUAUUUUGCAUAGACUCAAAAGGAAGAAAAAUUCUUUUUUAGUUAAUUCUUAGCUUUAAAGGUUCGACAAAAUUAAUUUAAAAAUAAUUAUAUGGAAAUUGAAACAGAGUAAUAGAAAUAAAUUUUACAUUUUGCUGCCAAACCUAUAUUAUAAAAUGAAGAUGAUAAUGAUAAUAAUAAAAAUAAAGCUUAAGAUUUUGAAUAUAAUCUUUUAGGGAUAUUGAAUAGUAACAAUAAAAUAGAAUUAGUGAAAUUAUAUGAAAAUGAAACAAAAUAACCUAUUAGAAUUUCUGAAGUUUAGUACUUCAUUUCUUAUGAUUCAGAUUAAAAAUCAUUUAUUAUUUGCAUUGUGAAAAAUAAUCAUUUAUUUUAUUAAUAAUGCAAUUUUAAUAAAGAGUAAGAAAAAUAAAUAGAAGAUUCAAUAUAUUUGAAUUAAUAUCCAUACUUUUAAAAUAUCAGUGAUAAAUAGAAAAGUUCUUAUUUAUUGUUAGGUUUCUAUUUUUAUUAAUUUAAUGUAUAAUUUUCAAAAGAAAAUCAAAUGUAAAAAAAAAUAGGCUCCAACUUUAAAUAUUAUGUAUAAAUUUACAAAUAUGAUAUAAAUGCCAUAAGAGAACCAUAAUAUUAUAAUAAUAGUGAAAAUGAGUAAAAUUAUUAUGAAGCAUUGAUAAAUUUUACAAUUAGUCCACGUUAAAAUAAUAGUUUCAUACUUUUAGGAGGAACUUAUUAAUCAUUAGUAAAAAAUGAUGAAUAUGAAUUUAAUAUUAGUUCAUAUGCAAUAACUGUUGAGAUUAAUGAAAAAGAAAAGAAUAAAUUAAAAAUAAUCAAAAAUGUAGGUAAAUUAAAAUGUUAUGAAAACUCUAUUUGUUAGAAAAUUAAUGAUUAAUAUAUGCUUUAUUUUGAAUCAUAAACUAAAUAUUAAGCAAUUUCAUUUUAAUCAUAAAUUUAGAGGAUAUCUAUAUUUGGAUAUGAAUAAAUUGUGAAAUUUGAUAAUUGUUAGAUAUAAAAUCAAAUGAAUUUUGAUUUUUAUUAAUAGAAAAAGAAAUUGUUUAAAUCUAAUCAAUUAAAUAAAAUAAUAUUAGAAUAAAAUAAAAAGAAACUUGAAUUUACUGUGAUUGUGUAAGAAUUAGUUUAAGAUAAUGUAAAAAUAGUAGAUUAAUAAGAUAUUAUUGAUGUGAAAGAACUCGCAAAAUAAGUUUAAUUAUAAGUUCAUCAGUUCAGAUUUAUAUAUGACCUUAUUUCAAUGAAAGUUGAUAUUAAAGUGGAAAGUUCUCAUUUUUUUAUAUAACAAAUAGAAAAAUCUAAUAGUUUAAGAAAUGCAUGUCUUUAUAUUAAUGUAAGUAUAACUAUUUAAUUUAGUGGUUGGAAGAUAGGAAUAAUUAAUAUAUAUUUCAUUAUAAUGGAAUUUAGAACUUAUAUUUAUUAUAUUUUAAUGAUAAACCAAAAGCAAAAAUAAGAAAGUUUAUAUUUGAAGAUCCAAUAGAUAAAGAAGAUAAUUUAGAUUUUGAUGAAGUUAUAUUAAAUGAUUUAGAUAAUGAAUAACUUUGGAUAGUUAGAAAAGUCAAUCAUUAAGAUUAUAUUUCUUUAGAUAUAUUUGAAAGGUAAUUAUUAAAUUAUAAAAUUAGUGAUUGGAUAAAUUUAUAAGAUGCAAAAGAUUCAUUAGAAGACUCAAUAACAAAGGUUCCAAUGAAUAUGAUAUAUAGAAUUGAAUAAAUUAAAGAAGACUUUUGUUUAAUCGGACUAGAAGUGAAAUGGUAAAAAGAAUAAGGAUAAAGAUGUCCAUAUUUGAUUGUAUGCACAAGCACUAUUAUUUAUGAGAUUUCAAUUAAAUAGAUAAGAAAAAUAAAAUGGGAUUAUAUUUUAAGAUAUAAACUAAAUACUUGGGAGAAAGAACCAUUAUAGUUUUAAUAAUCACCAAUUCAUAGAUCAAGAUAGGUUUAAUUUAAUGUGAAUAUGUAAAUACCUACAAUAGUUGCAAGUUUAGAAAAUGGAGAUUUGUUAUUAUUUUAUAGUUAUUGUAAUGUAAAAAAAGAAAGUGAUUAAAAAUUUGAAUUAGAAAUUAAGUAUUUGAUUUUAAAAGAUUAUAAAGAAUUAAAUAAUGAUUAAAUUGAUAUUGAAGAAGAAAAUAGAGAAUUUUAAUAUAAAAAUAUUAAAUAUAAUUCAUAAAUGGAAGUAAAUAUUGCUAAAAUCAAUACUGUUAUAAUAUAAAAUAAUGAAUUUGAAUUUUCAGUAAUUGUAGAAGAAUCUGAUGGACAAUUAUAUAAAAUUUAUUCAGGUGAUUAAUCAAAAGAUAAAAAAUAAUUUUUAACAAUAAUGAAAGAAUGUGUAAUAUUGAGUGAUGCUGCUUUUUUAAAGAAUUAAUCCCUUAUUAUAAACUAAAAUUAAGAUAGAGUUUAUCAUUUGAAAUGA